AUGAGUCGCGGUCUUGCCUGGUACGCGCGUCGAGUCUUGACGGCAGCUGACCCCAGCGAAAAGGUUCGAUUAACCCAGGAAGCCGCCGAGCAAUGGGCCUCUAGCCGGACAAUUGGUGAGGCAGCGCAGCCUCCAGUUCGACCUGCGCGGCCGGUGCGCCCAUUGAUUGUAACUUCGGGAAAGAUGCCAUCUGUGAAGGAAGUCAAUGCACCCACGAAUAUCUACUAUCUACAUGGACUCGCACAUGUCGAGCUGAAUGCCAUUGACCUUUGCUUUGACACUAUGAUUCGUUUCGCCGAUGACACGGGCUCUGAAAUCGAGGACGCGCAUGACUGGUAUGCUGACUGGAUAUCUAUUGCUUCAGAUGAGGCUCGCCAUUUUUCGUGGCUAGACAAGCGCUUGCGUGAUCUUGGGUCUUGCUACGGUGACCUGCCGGCCCAUGGCAUAAUCUGGAACUCCGCAGAUGUAUCAAAGGGCUGUCGGAAGGAAAGACUGGCUCUAGGGCAACUAGUAGCUGAAGCAAAAGGGCUUGACGCGGGUCCCCGACUAGCAGAUCGGUUGACCGGGGCGGGAGAUAUCCCGUCGGCGGACAUGGUCCGAGUUAUUGCUGAUGAAGAGCUUGAACACGUCAGAAUAGGUGUCAAGUGGUUUAUCAGGGAGUGCGAGCGAGAGAAGAGGGACCCUAUUGCCGAGUUUCAGGAGAUAGCGCUCCGAUUGAGCAACCCUGGUGCCUUUGCUCCACCUUUCAAUGAGGAGCGAAGACGACAAGCAGGACUGGAUCCUGAGUGGUACCUUCCUGUAGCAGAGCAAAUGAAGAAACAGUGCCGGGAACGUCGUGAAGAGGCGAAGCUGGCUGGAAAAAAAUCUACUCAAGGGGUGGGAGCGGCAAGUGCUGUUUCAUAGUUGUACUGGGGUAUGAAUUUGUUGUUAUGGUUCUGCAACCUUAGCAGCAUUGAUUUCCGGGCAAACCGCGCGAUUUGGUCCUGAACGUUUGAGAAGGAAUAUUGGCAUUGAUCAAAGAGAUUCACCGACUCGGUAUGCGGCAUUCCACCUGGUUGAUCAACACCACUCGUGCCUACAGACGAUUGGUUGGACACAGGCUCGUCCGAUGAACUACAAAGAGAAGUUUUUUUAUAGUUGAUACACAAAACAGAUAGUUGGAUAGACAGGCCAACGGUAGGCCGCAUAUUUUCAAUGGCUGGCAGAGAUGCAGAUGCGAACAAAAGUUAAGGCGCGAAAGCGAAACCCAGCACGAGACGUAGGGCGAAAAUACAUUCCAGCAUCAACGUUCUAGGCUUUCCGACUUUUGACGAAGUUUGGACUGCAGGUCACGAUUAUGCAUAUGACGAUGUAUGUAAAAUCUACCAAUUAACGCUUC